AUGGUACAAAUCAACACACUCUCCAUCCCUCCUAGUCACAUUGAUAUGAACACACCCCGACUUGUGAUCCAAAUCAAAAGUGACAGACCCUUUGAUAUUCGGAACACCGACUGGGCAUCGGAACCAGAAUCCAUCCAUGGCGAUGCCGCUGAAUCCUCCGAGUUCGUUCCCGGAAGUAAAGGUGCACUUGCGUAUCAUGUCUAG